UCUUGCAGUCAACUAUUCGCCGCUGCUAACAACUCCACCAUUUCACUUUGAGUUGGUGGUUUUCUCUGCUCUGUUUGGUUGUCGAGAAAAUGCAACACUUGCUAUCUUAUUCAAAAGGUUUUACUAAAGGGGGCCGUUCUAACUUUUAAGAUCCCAAAUUUGCUUUUUCUUUCGUGCAAUUUUCCGUAAAAGCAAACAGUGAAUUUGCACGGGCUUUUGAAUCUCUCGAUUAUAAUUCUCUGCUUUCCACUUUCUUUCUUUUUGUGUGAUCAUUGGCGGGAAUCCGCCAGAAGUAAAAUAUUUGUCUUGAUUGUUGUUUGAGAGCUCGGGAAAUAUAAAUGGAAGCUGGGAAUCGGGUCGCUGGUUAAGUUUGAUCGUGAAAAAUUCCAAAUUCUUUUUUUUUUUAUUUUCCCGCGUUUUCUCAGGAACCAAUCAUAGCGAACGCUUUCAUGGAAAGUGGAAGAGAGGCGACACGCAAGAAAGGUAACAGUGAAAAUGAAGUCGUUGUUACGAUUUCGAGUAGUGAAGAAAGCACAGAUGCUAAAGCUUCUGUGGCAACCGAAGAUGGCUCCAACUUGUUUCCUAAAGAUUCGCAAGGUUCGAUUGAGCUGGAGAGGCUCAAAUCGAGCGUCCAAGUGACCCCAAAGACCACCCCAUCUUCUCCAGACAUAGCCAGAAGUCCGAAUGCGAGCAAGCCCCCAAAAGUCCCCACGGAGUCGGUGGUUCGACGGCGGUCCCUUGGUAGGUCGGCAUAUUCGAAACCCAAAUCGAGAUUGCUGGAGCCUUCGUAUCCUAUUGAAACGUCUGUUGAAGAGAAGACCCAGUUAUUGCCCUCGAACUCACCGAUCGCUGACAGUGCAUCUCCAAUUCAUAGCCUAACUGCUACUACUCCUAGAGACAAUGUGAGAACAGCUCCAGCAACUCCACGAACGCCGUUGGUGCUCGAUGGAGAGGACGAGGAAGAAGAUGAUGACGUUUAUAAGACAUCGAAUUCGCCAGAAAUUGAAAAGAACAGUAAGAGAUUGAGGUUUGUACUUUGGGUUGAGUGGAUUGCGUUUGUGUGUAUUAUGGGGUGCCUGGUUGCUAGCUUAACUGUACAUAGGUUGCUUCACACUUUGAUUUGGGGUUUGGAAAUUUGGAAAUGGUCUGUGCUGGUAUUGGUAAUAUUCUGUGGGAGAUUGGUCACGGAAUGGUGUAUUAAUAUCGUAGUUUUCAUGAUUGAAAAGAAUUUUUUGCUUAGAAAGAAGGUUUUGUAUUUUGUUUAUGGGUUGAAGAAGAGUGUGCUGGUCUUCAUUUGGUUGGGUUUGAUUCUUCUAGCUUGGGGUCUAUUGAUCAACCGUGGGGUGAAGCGAUCAAGGAAGGCCACCAGGAUUCUGAAUUAUGUGACGAGAGCUCUUGCUGCUUGUCUUAUUGGGGCUGCUAUAUGGUUGGCAAAGACCCUGUUGGUAAAGAUACUAGCUUCUUCUUUCCAUGUAACAAGAUUCUUUGACCGGAUUCAAGAAUCAAUAUUUCAUCAAUAUGUUCUCCAGACCCUUUCGGGGCCUCCUUUGAUGGCGAUGGCAGAAAUGGUUGGGAGUGUAAAUAGUGCUCAGUUGAGUUUCAGGAGUACUAAGAGAGGAAAAGGAGGGGAGAAAGAAGAGGUUAUUGAUGUAGGGAAGCUUCAUAAAAUAAAGCAAGAGAAGGUUUCUGCUUGGACCAUGAAAGGUUUGAUUCAAGUGAUAAGGGGUUCAGGGUUGACUACAAUCUCAAAUGCACUUGAUGAUAGUGUUGAUGAUGACGGAGGUGAACAGAAAGAUAAGGAGAUUACUAAUGAGUGGGAAGCAAGGAAUGCAGCUUCUCGGAUUUUUAUGAAUGUAGCCAAGCCUUGUACCAAACAUAUUGAUGAGGAGGACCUCUUGCGCUUCAUGAAAAAGGAGGAGGUAGAUAAUGUGCUUCCAUUAUUUGAAGGAGCAUCAGAAACUCGAAAGAUUAAGAGAUCCUCUUUGAAGAAGUGGGUGGUGAAUGUCUAUCUUGAACGCAAAUCACUGGCACAUUCUUUAAAUGACACUAAAACAGCUAUAGAGGAACUGAAUAAAAUUGCUUCAGGGGUUAUGCUUAUUGUUAUCAUUAUUGUGUGGUUACUCUUGAUGGGAUUUGCGACAACCAAUGUACUCGUCUUCAUUUCAUCACAGCUUUUACUUGCGGCAUUUAUGUUUGGCAACACCUGCAAGACUGUAUUUGAAGCCAUCAUAUUUGUAUUUGUGAUGCACCCAUUUGAUGUUGGUGAUCGUUGUGUCAUUGAUGGAGUACAGAUGGUCGUUGAAGAGAUGAACAUUUUGACGACAAUCUUCCUGAGAUACGACAAUGAAAAGAUAUUCUAUCCAAAUUCAGUUUUGGCUACCAAACCCAUCAGCAACUUUUACCGGAGCCCGGAAAUGAGUGACUCUGUGGAGUUUGCUGUUGAUUUUUCCACUUCAAUGGAGACCAUUGCUGCUCUUAAAGCUAGAAUAAAAAUGUACUUGGAGAGCAAGCCUCAACACUGGCGUCCUGGCCACAGCGUGUUGGUGAAGGAUAUUGUUGAUGUGAACCAGAUGAAUAUGGGUCUUUAUGUCACCCACACUAUAAACUUUCAGAACUAUGGGGACAAGAGCAGCCGCAGAUCUGAACUAGUCAUAGAGCUGAAGAAAAUCUUUGAAGAGCUUAAUAUUAAAUAUCAUCUUCUGCCUCAGGAAGUUCACGUAAGAAGUGUUGACUCAGCACCACCAGUGUUUCCAACUACAAUGCGAUGACAAUCAUCCUUCUUUGAGCCAGGAUUCUGUAGUCUGCUGCAAGAACAUUGUGGUCGAUGCAUGAGCAAAGAUUGAUUUAGCAGGAAGGAAUGUAUUCUCAAGGAAGAUUAUUUGAACUGCAGUUUUAGUUCUGAUUUUGAAAAUGAAAAAUGUUGCCACGUUUUCUUUACCAUAAAAAAAAAAAAAAAAAAAGAAGUCGUUUUUAUGUGAAAAUGAAGGAUGGAGAGUAGGAAGGGUGAGUGUUGUAUUCUUUCUUUUCUUUCAUUGUUUAUUGUAAUUUUGGGUGAGUUCUUGUUUAGCUUUUAGAGCUAUUCUCAUGGAAUGAUAUGGCUUUUGAUUAUUUUUAUUGUACAUUUUUUUUUGGAGCUCUUAUGAGAGUAAAGAGGUAAGACUUUCUUUGGA